AUGACCGACGAUAAAAAUCCCCAGGACAUAGCCCAGCAACUUGCCCAGCAGGUGCAACAGGCCUCUGGCGACGCGAUCCCUCAAUCCUCAUCAUCCGGAGAAGAGCCCUCCAUCCAGGACAAGGUCCAAGCAGCUAUGACCCAAGGCCAGGAAAGCGGGCUUCUGAACAGCGAAUCACUACAAGAUGGCAGUAUGCAAGAGAAAGUCAAGGAGGCUAUGGAGAAGGGUCAAGCACCUGGUGGGUUCCUGAAUAAAGUCAUGAGCGGCGAGGUAAACAACCCGCUUUCCUCCUACGGCAACAACAUUGGCAAUACCAUCGAAGAUAAACUCUCGCCUGUCGGGAAGUAUGCAGGCAAAGGAUUCGAGAAGAUUGGCGGACCUGUGGGAGGGAUCGUGGAUCCGCUUCUUGGUGGUGUGAUGAGGAGUGGUGGUGCAUUUGGAGAGGCGGUAGGGGUGGGAAGUGGGAAUAUGGACAAGAAGAAGGCGGCAGAGGCAGAGGAGAGGGAGAAGAUGAAGAAGGAGAUUGGUGGCAAGGAACAGACGGGGGAUAAUCCAUUAGGGCUUUUGGGAAAGCUUACACGUCUCGAAGGUCCAUUUAAUCAUCUUGCGGACUAUGAAAAGACGAACUAUGAUAGGGCCCUGACAGGCGAUAAGAGGCCUUGUCCGUCACAAAGAGCGAAGGAGAAGCCUACGCUCCUGGAAAAGAUUGUUUGGCUCGAUCCGCGGAAGUAUCUGCCUCCAUGUCUCAACGCAUUGAGAAUCAAGAACGAACGUCAAUCGUAUUUCUACGAAGAAGAUGCUGUGGGAUUCCUUCAAAAACUUAUUGGCCUUGUUUGUGGUUACGAUGGUGAGCCCUCGGAACACGCUCAGCUCAAGCAUAUCUGCCUGGCUGAACAUCCAUCUUUCUUCGAUGAAGAGGUCUCUCUUCCUGAAUUUCUCACCCUUUCGAAUCUGGCAAGGAAAGGGGAAUUGAGCUCCAUCGCUUCGACAAUAUAUUGGAGCCCAAUGCCAAAGUGCCCUAUGGCGCAUAUCGGCCGGGAAAAAUACGACAAGUAUUCUGGGGUGAUGAUAAAAUGGUGA